UCCGUGCUCACUGGUUUGGGCUGGAAAUAUAUUUCCGGAAGACAAAUGACAUAAACCUAACAUAAUUUUUUCCAUGCUUGUCGAAAGCUCCGUAAUAAAAGUUCGACUGAGUAUACUGACUUCAGCCUGCCUAAUUACCGAAAGCUUGUUUUUAUUAGCAGCGCUUCAAUGAGGAAACAGCGACAUAAAUAGUAAAAGUCCGGGGUGACAAGAGCAACAGCUCCUCAUUACCGACCGCUUCAUCACAGCAAAGGCGACGAGACGAGGCAAUACUCGCCUUAAACGUGGACCAAGUAGGUCUGCCAGGUGGUGAAUCAUGAGGUUAACAGGCCCGCUGCGAGCCGUGGCUGUUUUGCUUUUGGUGGGACUCACAUGGCUGCUGGCGAGCGCCUUAUUCGGAGGAGAAAGUGCCUCAGUGCGAAAUUUCUUUAGCGGUACAAGUGAGGAACCAACACCUGAACCUCGGCCUCGAAAGUAUAAAUGUGGACUUUCAGCCCCUUGUCCCUCAAAGCAUUUGGCUUUCCGCCUGGUGUCCGGUGCUGCCAAUGUCAUCGGCCCCAAAAUCUGUUUGGAGGAUAAGAUGUUGUUGAGCAGUGUGAAGAACAAUGUUGGCAGGGGACUUAACAUAGCUUUAGUAAAUGGGGUGACAGGCGAGCUCUUGGAGACAAAAAUCUUUGAUAUGUGGGCAGGAGAUGUUUCGGACCUGCUGAAGUUUCUACGGCCGCUUCAUGAGGGUACCCUAGUGUUCGUGGCCUCUUUUGAUGAUGCAGCUACAAAAAUGAACGAUGAGUCUCGACGACUGUUUGAGGAGCUCGGGAGCACAGCAGUGAAGGAACUGGCCUUCAGAGACAGCUGGGUGUUCGUUGGAGCCAAGGGUAUUGAAAAUAAGAGCCCCUUUGAGCAGCGUAUGAAGAACAGUAAGAGCAGCAACAAGUAUGAAGGCUGGCCCGAGUCUCUGGAGAUGGAUGGCUGUAUUCCCCUGCGGCCGCCACUGGAAGCCUAAUUCUGCCCGGUACUCUCUCACAUGCAUAACACCUGGAGCUACAGCAGGGAGACAGAAUGACUGUUAGAAAGCCAAGGAGCUGCUAAAUGACUGAAACCAUUUAAGAUAUGGGCUGUAAAAAAACUUAUUUUCCUUCUCACGGCAGAGGCAUGAAGGAAUGCAAAGAUUGUCUUGACUUGAUAUGUUUAAAGUUGCUGGAGUUUGUAGUAAAGGACUUGUGAAUUAAGCUUUGUGAGCCAUGUUUGAGAUGGAAUGAUGUUUUAGAAAUAAGAAAAAACUGUCAAGUCCGGAGAAACUUGAAAGUACUAAUGCUUGGUGACCAAAGUGUAAUAGUGACUAGUGAAUGAACACAGCUGGAGUAGGUCUUCCACAGCCAUUAUAGGAAAUGGACAUGUUUCCUCUCUUCCAGACUGCCUGUAGAGUGUCAAUAUUUUGUGCUUGAGCAACAGGAAUAUUUCAGUGCUGUGUUCUUGGAAGCAGGAAAAAGUCGCUAACCGGUUUCACAUUACGGCACUGGGAAAUCUAAUCCAUGCCAGCAUAAGAGAAACUUUUAAGCUACUCUACUAGUUAGUCCGAAGCACCGUGUCUGUGAACAGGUUUUAUAUUUGAAUACUUUAAUAUAUUUUCAUUCUGUAAUGUAUGUUUGAGUGAUAUUGUUAUUCCUAGUGUUCGCUGCCAUUGUUUCCUUGAUGCACAGCAGUCGUUGCUUUCCACGUUUACAGACUUCUUGAGACAAAACUGCGCUUUGUCAUUAUCUUUUUAAAAAAAAAUAUUUAUUUUUAAUACUUUAACAGAAAACACAAAGGAUUAUUUGCGUGACUUUAUUGAAACACCACCAACAGUUUAAAUGUCGUCUCAGGCCUGCGAGCUUCUCUCCUCUGAGUGCUUUGUUUUAAAGCUUCAACCUACAUGUGUGGUUAUGUUUCUUUAAUUUUUUACGUUGAAUGUAUUCACUUGGAAUCUUGCAGGCCUUAUAUGUAGGAAAUGUAAAGAAUCAUGAAAAUAUUACUUUUUUCUGUAUGGUUAGAGGUUCAUUUUUUUUAGCUGCUUUUGUCUAGAUUUGUUUGUGUUACACAAGUGUCAAGAUUUUUUUCUACGAAACAUUGAAGUCUGUGUUUGUAUUGUGACAAUACUGAUGAAUAAAACGAAUGUCUAAAUAUC